ACUUUGAUGGCGAUGACGCGAUAUCACGUGAAGACCUGGGGGAAAUGGUGACACGGCUAUGUUCCUCACAGAGGGAGACAACACUGAAAGAUGAAGAAAGAGUCAGACUGGUCACUGAGAUCCUGAAGGAAGCCGAUCUUGAUAAUGACGACUUAAUAUCAUUUUCAGAAUUUCAACAUGUCAUCUCAAAAGCACCAGAGUUUGAGAGCUCCUUCAGGAUACGGUUGUAACUCUACUGGCUUCCCACAACGACAACAACAGAGUUUAUCAUACCUUAUGAAUAUGACAGUCGAAACCGAACUAUGUUCAUUACGUUGUGACUCUGAAGUACUAUAUUGUAUUAUCGAAUCUAUAGCAUUACCUGCAGAAAAUCAAAAUUAUGUGAUUCAUGUCCUACUCCUUACAAAACUCCUUUCAUAGCAGGUGUCAGCUUAUUUUAUUAAUCGUUUAUCUUGUUUAUAUU